AUGUCCCAGUGGGCCGAACAGGGCCUUGAAGCUCUCAUUGGGCAGUUCCGAGCCGAUACCGAUCCCAACAGAACUGACCUCCUUGUGGGCGUCUACAAAACGAACGAAGGGAAAGCCUAUGUGUUGCCAAGUGUGAAAAAGGCAAAGACGACAAUAUUCAAUGAUCCCGAUUGGCAUCAUGAGUAUCGCCCUUCCUCUCUAGGUUCCCAGAAUUAUAGGGACUUGAGUGCCAAGUUGCUCUUUGGGGCGGAUCAUCGUCUGUUGCGGGAGAAAAGGAUAGUUUCCACACAGACACUCGGCGCAAGUGGCGGAUGCCAUGUCGGCGCAGUUGUGUUGAAGAAUCAUUACGGACCAUGGAAGCAGACUGGGAACCCCGAGAUCUUCCUUCCAAGCGAUUCUUGGUUAAACCAUCCUUACGUAUUUCAAUCUGCGGGAAUCAAGCCCAGCGUUCUGCCGUAUUUUAGCAGCAAGACGAACAGCUUCGAUUUUGUGACGUUUGCAGAGGCCAUCAAGUUGUUGCCAGCUCAAUCCGUUGUCCUUCUCCAGUCUGGAGCCCAGAACCCAACUGGAUGUGAUCCAUCACCAGAUCAGUGGCGAGAGCUCGCCUCAAUUUUCUCCCAGCGUGGUCACUUGGCAUUCUUUGAUGCUGCGUAUCCCGGAUUUGCCUCAGGAGACAUUGACACGGAUCUUGAAGGAGUUCGUUUGUUUGCCGAGCACGAAAUCCCGCUUGUCUUUGUCUCGACAUACGGAAAAUCCUUUGGGCUUUACAGCGAACGCGUUGGGAUUCUUUCCAUUCUUGUUCCAAGCGAGGAAGUGGGAAAGAGAAUAGAAACGCACCUGAGACUACUCGCACGAGCUGAGUCUGGCGCACCGCCCGACUUCGGGUCCAAAAUUAUUGAAACUGUUCUAUCAGAUGAGGUUUUGGAGCGCCAAUGGCGGGAGGAAGUGCGUGAUAUGGCAAACCAACUCAAGCAUCGUCGAAUUGCGCUUAGGGAAGGAUUGGAGAAAUUGGGAACACCAGGUGACUGGCGGCAUAUCACUGAACAGAACGGGAUGUUUUCAUACGUUGGACUAUCUGUGGAACAAGUCACUCUCCUCCGAAAUAAGCACCAUGUUUAUCUUCAGGACUCUGGGAGAAUAUCUAUCGCUGGGCUCAACAAAUUCAAUAUCGACUACACUGCUCGCAGUAUCAGCGCUGUUGUCAAAGCCACAACACCCAAAUGA